GAAUGAGUUUUACAUGGGGAUAGGUUAAGUUCGUGAUUUGACUUAUGUGCUUGUUAUUUCGCCUAUGGUGACUGGCCUCAAGUUAUUGAUGAUAGAAACCUGAGAAAUGAAAUUUGAAUUGUAUUUUCUUAUGAUCGUGGUCAUAAUGUCAAUAGUCUAGUGAAAUGGUGCUUUCACGACAACUGGCAACUCGGGGGCAAAAACUCGGAGCUCGUUUUUCCUGAGUUCCCAGUUGACGUGAAAGCACUGAAGUCGGAGAUUUCCGAGUUCAGCUGAUUUUUGAACGCGACAAACGUUCAGACUUCGGUCAAUGACGCACAGACAGGAGCGCACUUUGAAACUGCAGGACUCUUGAGUAACCAUGCAGACAAUUGACAUUCUGAAACAGGCCCUCUCCAGCCUGGAUCCUACCCAGCAGCAGCAGCUCUUGGUGGCCGGGUCUGCGGUGGCCGUGGGCGGGCUGCUGACCUGUUAUUACUGGGUGUAUCAAGGCACGAAGACCAAUCGCAUUCCAAUAGGGGAUGGGUGGUGGGGGGCAGGAGAGAAGCCUCAGUCAGAGGAUGAGACGGUUUUCCCCUUUCAGGUCCAGACUUCCGAUGAAGAGAUACAGGACUUGUAUGACCGUAUUGACAGGACCCGGUACACUGAACCACUGGAGGACACGGGCUUCCAGUACGGCUUUAACUCUACCUACCUGAAGAAGGUGGUCUCCCACUGGAGGCAUCAAUUUAACUGGAAGAAGCAGAUUGCAAUACUCAACAAGUAUCCUCAAUUCAAAACCAAUAUUGAGGGUUGUGGAGUGAAUGACUCUCCAGUAGGCCUGGCUGCUUACAUACUGGAGAAGUUCUCCACCUGGACUGACUUCAACAACAGGGACUUGGAAGAUGGGGGGCUGGAGAGGAAGUUCACCCUGGACGACCUGCUGACCAACAUCAUGAUCUACUGGACCACCGGCUCCAUCGUGUCCUCCAUGAGGUUCUACAAGGAGAACUUAAAGACCAACAUUGACAACAGACUGGAUAAUCACAUGGGGGUGUAUGUGCCUACAGGUCUGGCGGCGUUCCCCAACGAGCUAAUGCACGUGCCCCAGGUGUGGGCUAGAGCCAAGUUCAGGAACAUCUACUCCUACUCUUACAUGCCCCGAGGAGGCCACUUCGCUGCCUUCGAGGAGCCACAGCUCCUGGCUGACGACCUGCUGCAGUUUGUGAAGAAGGUGGAGAAGUUGUAGAGUUGAUGGAUACAAGAGGUCGACUCUCCCCUCCUGCCAAGUGCCUGGAAGAAAAACCAGCAGGACUGCAGAACGUGAUGACACUACAGCUUGGAAUUGUAGCUUUGUAUUAAAACAUUUCAAUGUUAAUCUAAGAUUAAAAAUCAGAAGCACUGUCUGAUUAUCAGGUAAAUACUUGGGUCAAUCAUUGAUGUUAACACUGCAAUAUGAUCAUGCUAAGUGAUUGUGUAAUAUUAAGGCUAUACAGUCAAAAUAAUGGACCAAUACUGCAAUAAAAAAAUGAAAUUACAAAUGUC